CCGCUUGGGAGCCACAGGAGCCGGCUCUUUUAAGAGAGCCGAGCCAAAAGAGCCGAAUCUGUGAAAAGAGCCGGACUUCCCAUCACUAGUCUCCGUUGCCGUGUAGUUCACAUUCCGACUCGUUAGGCAGCGCUUCACAUUGGCUGUCCCUGUGUUGAAUAGGCGAAGGCGGAGCGACGAGAAAGAGCAGCAGUAUCGUACGUUCAUGUAGUUAAUCCGCGGUUGGUCUUUGAGUAUUUAUAGACUUCCAAAGAUGGUCCGACCACAAUUUGGACCACAACGCACAAAGCCCAGAAUUUAUGGAGAUGGUCAUGGCAUUGGGCCAAGUGAAGGGAAUUACAACCCCAGCUCCAAAAGUCGUAGAGAUGCCCAGGGAUACUCAGGAAAUUGGAGAGAUUCCAGAGGUAGAGGACGACCCCUAGUUCUCAAAAGAGUCCCCCUGAUGGGAGAACAAAGGGAGCCACGUUUCAAACACUGGAGGUCCCCGAACCAGGAUUCCUUUCAUUCAUACCCUCCACCUAAAGUGGAACCACAUCAUAGUCGGAGGCCUUCUCAAUCUCGGUCAAACUGCCCCCCCCAUGUCCAGCAUCAGUCAUCCUCUCGCAGUCCAGCACAGGGAUCCUCAAGCCAAAGGGGCCCACCUUUUCAUGGCCACCCCUCAGGUCACAGGUCACCCUCUCCAAGACAUUUUCGUAACCACCCAGCGGACGGGAGGCCAGGUUCGGCACCACCAUACCGAGGGUCUUUCCGUGGCCCCAGAAGGCAGUCAGGUUUUCCCCAUCAGGAGCAGCGGAGUCGAGAUACUCGUGGGAAUUACUGUCCCAGAGAAAGACCCUAUGAGCACUCAGGUCAUGGCACGAAGCGCUGGAACGAGGCUGGAGUGUUCGCUCAUUCACACAAUGGGGAACAUGGGCCCUCUGGGUCACACAGGAGCCCCAGAGUGAUGCAUGGGAGAAGCUCAGGCCCAGAGAGGUACAGGAGCGAAGCAUCAGUCCCAGCUGGGUGGCCAUCUGAGCAAGACUCCAGGCGUCAGCGUGGGCCCAUGGAGAAUCAGGGCAGCAGAUCCCACAGUAGAGAGAGGGCACAAGAUGUCCCUCACCUUCCCCCUUUCAGAUCUCCCCCAUGGAAAGGAGGUCCAUCAUUGUCGUCGUCAUCCUACCACAGGAGCCCUCAGGAUAAACAAGUGGUAGAACCCCGCAAGCGGAGGAUAUCGGACACCAGCACAGCCUCCUCAGCCUCACCAAUGGAGCAUGGCAAUCCAAAACACCCCAGAAGAGAGAGACCUCAGCUGCUCGGUAUUCCCAGGCCCUUUGGUGGUAAACCGUUGUCUUUUAGGGAUAAAGGUUACCUAGUUAAAAACCGACAAAUCAGAGCAGAGUCUCUCAUGAGACUCAGAAUACCUCCAUUUGUGAGACCCAGGCUUCGCCCGGGUGACUCUGCCCCACGGGGAUAUGUGAGCUCUGUUCUUGCUAUGAGGAAGAAACGUUUUGAUUCAAAUGCAGUUCCUGUGAACAAGCUGGAACCCAGGAGGGCAAAACUACAACACUCACCCUCCAGAGAAGAAGGCAAUCCCAACAAGUCUUCAAGAGAGACUGAUACUAGCAAAGAGCAGGUGGAGGCUCGCCGGCCCUUAAACACACACAGAUCUUCUCCCAUAGAGAAACGGGACCUUGUUGUUUUGUCCCACUGGCCACCCGGGCCGAGCUCUUCCACCAAGGAUAGCUCAUCUCCAAAGGAGCGCAGCCCAAAGUCAAAGUCUGAACGCAGUUCAGGUGCAGGCACUACCCAGACCGGCCGACUGUCAAAGACAAAUGACUCCAGCUCAUCACCUGAGGACAGAAGACGGGGACGUUCGGAUAAUAAGCUGUUUAGGCCAUUUAAUAUGAUACCAGACAGCCAGAGAUCUGAGAGGCCCUUCAGGAAACCAGCACCAGGACCCAUGCAGAGGCCAAGGUUCACAGGUGGUCCAAGGAGGCCGGGCCCUGAGCUGUCUGGGAAUGUCAGACGCCCGCUCAUGGAAAGCUUGGUGCCACAUCCCAUCCCAAAUCAAAGGCCAGUGUUCAGAAAAAGUCAAAGUAUCAUGUCCAAAUACCGCAACAUAAGAGUGAUGCGCCAGCGUGCACCGACCAGCCGAGGCCCCACCCAACAACGCUGGUGGUAGCCUCCACCUAGAUUCCCCUUUUCUGCAGAUGUGACACUGGAAAGCAUUUUUGCUGGGUGGACUGAGCAAACUUCUCUCUCGCUACAGUCCCAAACUGCCUGUAUAUUGUGUUGUUGCUUGUAUUUUCUCUCUGAUACAAGUGUUUCAGUUGCAUCUGUUGCAUUAUUUUUUAGAAUAUUUGUAACACAUGCCAUUAUGUUAUACUGUCUGCAUUUUCCAGUGUAUAGUGAUUUGGGAAUUGCUGCUUUUGGUCCUGGUUGUCUUAAUUUUACUUAAACAGUUUAAGGCUUUUUUGUUGUUGUUUACCUGCAGCUGUUGAGUUCAGGUUUUAGUCUGAGAAACAUCUAGUUCUGUUUGUAAAGUCCUAUCAUAUGACUAAUUAUUGGUAGCUUGAUUUGAAACUGUUGACUGACAGAGCUACUACUUGUAAAACUGGUACAGACACUUCAGUUUGUUGUUUAGUAAUUGGAUAGAACAAGCUGUAUUAGAGAGUUGUCUUUGUUUUGAUUGUAGACCUACAAGACAAUCUCUUUGCCAGUAAUGGAUAUGUUUUCCAAAUUUUGAUUAAAUGCUAAA